AUGGCCUGCACGGAAACGCCAUGCUCCCCAAGCAGCCCCUCACGAGGCCCCCGCAGCGAGAGGCUGCCAGCAAGGCGCUGCCCACUUGGCAGGGUUUCGUUUGUCUCCCUGGCUGCGCUUGGUGGCAUGUUGGGCAGCUGCCAGGGCUUUGUCUCGGGCCCGGCUCGCGGCACUCUUCAGUCUGCCCCCCCGGCUUAUCCUGUCCACGGAUCCAGGAGUCGUACUGUUAUGUUCCAGAUGGACCCUUCGGAUAAUGCAUGGCGUAUGGAACACGACAACUCGGCCAAGUGGGACCCCAGGAACCGGGCGAAGACGCGCAGCCCCGAGGAGGCAGAGCGAGUCCUGCGCCUGACAGGAAGGCUCCCGCGGCCUCUUCGUCUGAGCGAUGUCAAGCGCGGUGCUCCGCCACUUAGGAAGACUAUCGUGGCCAAUGCCAAGGAGCGGCGCGCGGCUGCUGAAAUGACCGGCAUCUAUUCUGUGAGCAAGCUUCAGGCCCGGCUGCUGCUGAACCGAGAGACACAUCCAGUUUGGGGCCACGAGCGUGUUAUGGUCUAUGGCAAGAUGAUUUCCGAGUUUAUGGUGCCGGACGUUUAUGCCCAGGAUCCCAUUGAGAUGUCGGUGCCGCUGAAGUUCAGGGCGGCCUUUCGAGAGGAUGCUGCAAGGACUGAGGACAGCUCCCCAGUCAAUGUCCAGAUCUUUGGGGAAUCGGGCUGCCCGGACACAACUGCCUUCAUCGCUGGGCCACUUGCUGAAGCCGAGCAGGCACCAGGCGUCGCAGACAUCAUGAGGCUGGAUUGGACGCCCUUCGGCAACGCGUACUUCUUGACAGCGGAGUGCGGAGGAGUGCCAGCUCCUCCAGGCUGUGGCACCUCAGCCUCAUGUCUCUACAACUCCACGGUACGCACCUGCUUUUUUCAACACUGCGGUCUUGGAGGCACCCCUUUCGCCGACUGCUAUUCUCCGGGUGCGCUGCAUUGCCAACAUGGUCGCGUUGAGUGCCUGGCCAAUGAGAUCGAGGCAUGCGCCAAGAUGCUCGACGCGGAAAGUUCUUGGCCCAUCUCGCGAUGCAUCGAGACGGCCUUCUAUAGCGGAAAGCUCCAGACGGGCAAUUCCACACCUGCUGACGUCCAUUCAGUGGCAGCAAGCUGCGGCAUCACAGACAAGACCUUCGAGUUUUGCAAGACACAUGGCCAUGCUUCUGUCGUGGCCAUGGCGAAAGCUACACCUCCCCACCCAGGUGUCCCAUACGUGUUGGUGAACGGUGUCGUUCUGUCUGAGACCACAGAUUUGCUGAGCAAGGUUUGCAAGGCUUAUGCAGGAGAGAAGCCUGCUGGCUGCCUGACAGCACAACCAACCCUGCACAUGUGA